GGCGCCUCGCGCGGCAGCGGCUCGCUAGGGCAAUGCAGUGAGGCUGGAUCGGCAGGCGGGCGUGCGCGCGCGGAGCGGGGGCCGCCACCGCGCUGCAGAGAUGUGACUCCGGCCGAGGGCCAACUGGAGAGUCGGCGCUGCGGGGCCGCGGGGGUCGAACGUUCCUGGUGCCAGAGAGAAAGAUGAGAACCCACCAGGUACUCGCCCUCCUCCUGCUCGUGGCGAUCCCCUCSGCGGCCUCUGAGAACUCCAGCACGUCCCGGGGCUGUGGGCUGGACCUCCUCCCUCAGUACGUGUCCCUGUGCGACCUGGACGCCAUCUGGGGCAUCGUGGUGGAGGCGGUGGCCGGGGCGGGCGCCCUGAUCACACUGCUCCUGAUGCUCAUCCUCCUGGUGAGGCUGCCCUUCAUCAAGGACGUGGAGAAAAGGAGGCCCGUGUGCCUCUACUUCCUCUUCCUCCUGGGGACCCUGGGCCUCUUUGGACUGACCUUCGCCUUCAUCAUCCGGAUGGACGAGACCAUCUGCUCGAUGCGCCGCUUCCUCUGGGGGGUCCUCUUUGCGCUGUGCUUCUCCUGCCUGCUGUGCCAGACGUGGCGCAUCCGGAGGCUGGUGCGCCAGGGCACCAGCCCGCCAGGCUGGCAGCUGGUGGGCCUGGCGCUGUGCCUGAUGCUGGUGCAGGUCAUCAUCGCCACUGAGUGGCUGGGCCUGACGGUGCUGCGAGACUCCAAGCCGGCCUGCGCCUACGAGCCCAUGGACUUCGUGAUGGCCCUCAUCUACGACAUGGUCCUGCUCGUGGUCACCCUGGCCCAGGCCUUCUUCACGCUGUGUGGCAAGUUCCUCAGGUGGAAGCUGAACGGGGUCUUCGUCCUCAUCACAUCCUUCCUGUCGGUGCUCAUCUGGGUGACCUGGAUAACCAUGUACCUCUUCGGCAACGCCAUGAUAGAGCACGCGGACAGCUGGAGUGACCCCACCCUGGCCAUCGCGCUGGCGGCCAACGGCUGGGUCUUCAUCGUCUUCCACGCCAUCCCCGAGAUCCACUGCACCCUUCUCCCACCCCUGCAGGAAAACCCACCCAACUACUUUGACACGUCUCAGCCCAGAAUGCGGGAGACGGCGUUCGAGGAGGACGUGCACCUGUCGCGGACCUACAUGGAGAACAAGGCCUUCUCCAUGGACGAGCACAAUGCAGCUCUCCGGACAGCGGGCUUUUCCAAUGGCAGCCUAGGGAAGAGAUCCCCCGGCAGCCUGGGGAAGAGACCCACCGGCAGCCUGGGGAAGAGACCCAGCGCACCCUUCAGAAGCAAUGUGUACCAGCCAACCGAGAUGGCCGUCGUGCUCAAUGGUGGCACCAUCCCAACUGCUCCGCCAUCUCACACUGGAAGACACCUCUGGUGAACGACUUUUAAGUUCCCGAGAAUAAGAAUCUCUCUUACCAAUUUCAUUCCCUGGCCGUGUCUUUCUUGAGGGAGAAAUCAGUAACAGUAGCCGAACAAGGCCGCCUCUCAGCCAGGAGCGCUGGAGUCCUGGGCGAGGGGGUCUCAUGUACCUGUGAACACUGAUGACCUGAAAAGCUAACACUGACUGCCCGCCCCGCCCCUGCCACACACACAGACGCCCUGGUCAUGCUGAGCAGCCUCAGUCCCCGCACACUAAAGCCAAGCUAAUUGCAAAUAGUACUAGGCUCAUCCAAUGUGGCUGGGGGGCCCGCUCCACCCUGGGGGCCAGGCUGAUGUGGGUUGCUUAAGGGGGCCCUACCCCAUUCCCCUCCCUGGCAAGCUCUGGGCCCCAGGUAGCCUCUUGGAGAUGACCUUGACCUUGAGGAUGACUCAUGGAGCCCAAUCCCUGGCUGGCCUGGUGGUUUGCACAUAUCAGGGGAAUUUAGGAGGCUGAGGGUUGAUUCCAAGGCAAGGCCCAAACCAACCGUGGCGGGGAGCUUUAUGGCCACUAGUGGUGGAGGGGCCCUGGCAUGUGCCAAAGAAAAGGAGACUCUCCAGGCUUUGAAGGAACCGCCACAUUUAGUUCCUUCUAUGGGCCUCUUGCCCUAGAGCCAAGGGCAAGAGAACAAGCCCCAGGCCCUCCUUGGAGAGUCGUAGAAAUACUCUGGCUAGGGACAGCCACCCCUCCCUCCCGGCCUCCGUCAUCUCCGUCUUCCUGCACUUAUGGGUGCCCCGCCAAGCCCUUUCCCAGUUUUAUUCCCACAUUCGUUUUCCAAAACUUCAAUGGGGCAAACAGCUUAACGCAGGAGGCAGGUUGGAAGGCCAGGCCCAGCAGGUUUGCCCCCAACAGGUUUUCGCCUGGCAGGGCUCCCCAGGGCUGCCCACUCGAUGGAGAGAGAGCGGGUCUGGCUGCCUGGCAAGCAGUGACUUGUUGGGUCUUUCCUGUGGAUUUGGAGAAGGUUCCAGGGCAGAGUGAAUCACGGGAGGGAUUCUUGCUGCUUUGGGAGGGUGUGGGGGACAUUCCCACCUUGGUUUUCUGCAGGCUCCAUGAAAAUGGCUCUCUUCACAGCGCCUUGUUUCUGUCAUGGUUUCCAUCUGUCCUGAGCGAGUCAUUCCUUUGUUAUUUUGCAUGGCAAACAUCCGGGCCUUUAAAAAGCCCAUGUUCUCUGCACUGUUUGGCCGGCAACGGUUCAAAGCCAAGAGUUUUAACCUGACGGCAUGGAAUGUAUCAAUGAGGAUGGGCCUUCUGCAUAUACUGUAAUCUCUACGUCGCUUUUUCUAUAAAAUUACCCUUAAGCCUUUAACCUUUUAAGAAAACGGAAAAGGUUAGUGGGUGGGGGUGGGGGUGGGGCUGACCUCUUCAUGAGCCAGUACCCCUGAGCUGACUAUGAUUUAAUAAACCUGGUUUUUCUCAAGGCCCUAGUCUCUGAUGUUUCCCCUCCCCACUCUUCACCCCGCUACCCCAUCCCUGCAGACCACUGGGAAACUAAGGUCAAUCCGGCCAUCCCUGGGUGGCCCUCCUGCGAGUGGUACCUGCAGCUAGUACCUCUCCUGGGUUAACUGUGCAUGGGGCCGGGAAAGCAUGGCAGACAACGUCAGUCCUUCCUGGACCUCCCAGAAGCACCCACCUGCCCUGCCCAAAGCAUGUGCUUGCUUCUAGGAAACCAGAUUCCAGUCCUCUCUGCUCGAGGACCACCAUUGGGUGGGCUGAGAAACUUGGAGCCUGGGGGACGGGUGGGAGGGAAAGAAGCUAGGGGCUCAGUGGGGCAGGCGGUGAUGCAUGCAGACCCCGAGCAUCCUGCAAAUAAAUCAGCCUCUGAACGCCUCGGUCCAGUCCAGUGAAAAACGACAGCGUUACACAUUCUCGUGCCAGGAGAUGGUGGCUCAUCCCCGAUCUCUGGAGUCCUUUGGAGCUUUCUGAUACCAUCAGUGACACGGUCUGCAAGAGCCCUCCUUGCAAAAGGGAGGAGUUCACACCAUCUCCUUUUCUAAGUUCCCUCUUGUCCACGCGUAUAAAG